AUGAGGAACAAUGUGGUGAUCACUCGAAAAGAGCCAACAUUCGUUUGGAGUCCACUAAUGUUGUUCAACCGAUUUGCAACUAAAGAAUACCUCGAACAACGAAGAGUCGGAAGAUUAUUGAAAAAAGCAGUAAAGGACGUUUCUGAAAAAAAGAAAAGACUUCAAGAACAAGUUCUCCAAAGACGAUCAAAGCAAUACUAUUUGAGGGUUAUGGAGAGAAAAUCAGUUCGAUUUCAAAAGUAUCGACUCCGUAACUUUAAGCUUCUCAAAAGAUGGAAGGACGCUCUUCAAGUGGCGGGAUUAUCGGAAGAAAUUUGUCUUGCUGGAAAAUUAGUCCGUCAAUGGAGACUCACUUUCACAAGAACUCGAGCCUAUGUCAAAACACUACAAUUGCUCCAGGACAAAUACCGGACGAAAUGUAUCCGUCGCUGGUUCCAAUAUAUCGAAAAUCUAGGUCAAACACAGUUUGUGAUGAUUCACAGGAAAUCGAGUGAGGACUUUGAGAAACUUCUAAAGUUAUUCAAAGUUGGAUCGGAGAUGGUUCCUGUUGCUGAUAGGUACAUUUCAACAACUGACAAGACUGAAUUAAACAAAAUUUUGGAAUAUUUGCUCGCACAUGACUGGUACCUAGGUGUUCUUCUUCCCCCGAAAACCCCACGAGAUCAAGGGAAGUGUCUGAUUCGCAACAUGACAACUUUUAAAAUCGAAGAGGUACCAGAAAACAAAUUGAUCUCUGCAAAGAUGCUGCCAAAGAUGUCCAGUAAGAAAAGGAUGAUGAUGAAGGAACAGCGAGCGAUGAGAUAUAGGAAGCGUUUCCAAAGAAGCCUUGACUUUGUGCUGGCUUAUGACAAUCAAGGAAUCGACUUGCGUCUUCUUCGAAAGUUUGUGAACGCGAGAAAGGAGAAAAGAAGCAAAAGGAAAAUUGUUAUUACACUACUCCAAUGUCUCUCGAUUAGUACAGUUGUAAUAUUUGGCCUCUGCUUCAGUUAUGUGAUUGUAGAAACUUUUGAACAUCUUGCCAUCAAAAUAUUGGAUAAUUUGUUGAAGCUAUUCUCACUUUUCUUUGUUCCAUAUCAGUAG